AUAUGGCCGAGUGGAAAGUGUCAAAAUUCUCCCCAAGAGGGGAUCUGAAGGAGGAGUGGCUGCCUUUGUGGAUUUUGUGGACAUCAAAAGUGCACAGAAAGCUCACAACUCUGUCAACAAAAUGGGUGAUAGAGACCUACGCACGGAUUAUAAUGAACCAGGCACCAUUCCGAGUGCUGCUCGGGGAUUGGAUGAUACAGUUUCCAUAGCAUCUCGUAGUAGAGAGGUUUCUGGGUUCAGAGGAGGUGGUGGAGGGCCUGCUUAUGGCCCCCCACCAUCACUUCAUGCACGAGAAGGACGUUAUGAGCGGAGACUUGAUGGGGCUUCAGAUAACAGGGAGCGUGCUUAUGAACAUAGUGCCUAUGGACACCAUGAACGGGGGACGGGAGGAUUUGAUCGGACAAGACAUUACGAUCAGGAUUACUAUAGAGAUCCUCGAGAGCGGACUUUACAGCAUGGGCUCUAUUAUACUUCUCGGAGUCGAAGUCCAAACCGCUUUGAUGCUCAUGACCCCCGAUACGAACCUAGGGCUCGGGAGCAGUUUACACUGCCCAGUGUGGUACACAGGGAUAUCUACAGGGAUGAUAUUACCCGGGAGGUACGAGGCAGAAGGCCAGAGCGGAAUUACCAGCACAGCAGGAGUCGGUCACCACAUUCAUCCCAGUCUAGAAAUCAGUCUCCUCAGAGACUGGCUAGCCAAGCGUCUAGACCCACACGAUCCCCUAGUGGCAGCGGCUCUAGAAGUAGAUCCUCCAGUAGUGAUUCAAUCAGCAGCAGCAGCAGUACCAGCAGUGACAGCAGCGAUUCCAGCAGUAGUUCAAGUGAUGACUCUCCAGCCCGAUCAGUUCAGUCUGCGGCAGUCCCAGCACCCACCUCCCAGUUGCUUUCAUCUCUGGAGAAAGAUGAGCCCCGUAAAAGUUUUGGGAUCAAGGUUCAGAAUCUUCCAGUACGCUCUACAGAUACAAGCCUUAAAGAUGGCCUUUUCCAUGAAUUUAAGAAAUUUGGAAAGGUGACCUCAGUGCAGAUACAUGGAGCUUCAGAAGAGAGGUAUGGGCUGGUAUUUUUCCGGCAGCAAGAGGACCAAGAAAAAGCAUUGACUGCAUCAAAAGGAAAGCUUUUCUUUGGCAUGCAGAUCGAAGUAACAGCGUGGAUAGGGCCAGAAACGGAAAGUGAAAAUGAAUUUCGCCCAUUGGAUGAAAGGAUAGAUGAAUUUCACCCCAAAGCAACAAGAACUCUCUUUAUUGGCAACCUUGAAAAAACCACUACUUACCAUGACCUUCGCAAUAUCUUCCAGCGCUUUGGAGAAAUUGUGGAUAUCGAUAUUAAGAAAGUGAAUGGAGUUCCUCAGUAUGCAUUUUUGCAAUACUGUGAUAUUGCCAGUGUUUGUAAAGCUAUUAAGAAGAUGGAUGGGGAAUACCUUGGAAAUAAUCGCCUCAAGCUGGGUUUUGGGAAGAGCAUGCCUACCAACUGCGUAUGGUUAGAUGGGCUUUCUUCAAAUGUGUCGGAUCAGUAUCUAACACGACAUUUCUGCCGUUAUGGGCCUGUCCUGAAGGUGGUGUUUGACCGUUUAAAAGGCAUGGCCCUGGUUCUCUAUAAUGAGAUCGAAUAUGCACAAGCAGCUGUGAAAGAGACCAAAGGGAGAAAAAUCGGUGGGAAUAAGAUUAAGGUGGAUUUUGCAAAUCGGGAAAGUCAGCUGGCAUUUUAUCACUGCAUGGAGAAAUCUGGUCAGGAUAUCAGAGACUUUUACGAAAUGUUAGUAGAAAGAAGAGAGGAACGAAGAGGAUCCUAUGACUACAGCCAAGAGCGCACUUACUAUGAAAACGUUCGUACCCCAGGCACAUAUGCUGAAGACUCCAGACGGGACUACCCAGCUCGAGGGAGAGAGUUCUACUCAGAAUGGGAAACCUACCAAGGAGACUAUUAUGAGUCACGAUACUAUGAUGACCCUCGGGAAUACAGGGAUUACAGGAACGAUCCUUACGAACAAGAUAUUCGGGAAUAUAGCUACAGGCAAAGGGAACGAGAAAGAGAACGUGAAAGAUUUGAGUCUGACCGGGACAGAGACCACGAAAGGAGGCCUCUGGAGCGGAGCCAGAGUCCAGUUCACUUGCGACGUCCGCAGAGUCCCGGAGCAUCCCCCUCUCAGUCCGAGCGGUUGCCGAGUGAUUCUGAGAGGAGGCUUUACAGCCGGUCCUCCGAGCGCAGUGGCAGCUGUAGCUCACUCUCCCCUCCGAGAUAUGAUAAACUUGACAAAUCUCGUUUGGAGCGCUAUACAAAAAACGAAAAGACAGAUAAAGAACGAACCUUUGAUCCGGAGAGAAUAGAGAGAGAGAGACGCUUAAUACGGAAGGAGAAAGUGGAAAAGGACAAAAUGGACAAGCAGAAACGAAAAGGAAAAGUUCCUUCCCCCAGUUCUCAGUCUUCAGAAACAGACCAAGAAAAUGAGAGAGAACAGAGCCCAGAAAAAUCAAGGAGUUCUAAUAAACUGAGCAGAGAGAAAACUGACAAAGAAGGCAUAGCAAAAAACCGCCUAGACCUCAUGCCAUGUGUGGUUUUGACUCGAGUGAAAGAAAAGGAGGGAAAGGUCAUUGACCACACUCCUUUGGAAAAGCUGAAGGCCAAGCUCGAUAAUGACACCAGCAAGUCUUCUACCCUGGAUCAGAAACUGCAGGUCUCUCAGACCGAGCCUGCAAAGUCUGACUUGUCUAAACUGGAGUCUGUUAGAAUGAAAGUGCCCAAGGAAAAGGGGCUUUCGAGCCACAUUGAAGUGGUAGAUAAGGAAGUCAGGCCUAAACCCAGGAAGCACCUAAAACCAGAACAGACUGCUGAUGGGGUAAACACUGUGGAUCUGGAGAAGCUGGAAGCGAGAAAAAGGCGUUUCGCAGAUUCCAAUUUGAAAGCAGAAAGGCAGAAAUCAGAAGUCAAGAAAAGCAGUCCAGAUAUGGAAGAUACUCGGGUGCUUUUAAAAAAGCAGCCCGACAUACCAUCUAGAGAUGUCAUCCUGCUGAGGGAAGGAGAGCCUGAAAGAAAGCCUGCAAGGAAAGAAAUUCUUAAAAGAGAAUCUAAAAAAAUCAAACUGGACAGGCUUAAUACUGCUCCCAGUCCCAAAGACUGUCAGGAGCUUGCCAGUAUUUCUGUCGGGUCUGGCUCAAGACCCAGCUCAGACCUACAAGCAAGACUAGGAGAACCAGCUGGUGAAGCUGUGGAAAACCAAGAAAUCCAAUCAAAAAAACUCAUUCCUUCAAAACCACAACUCAAACAGCUGCAGCUAUCAGAUGAUCAAGGAGCAGAGAGAGAGGAUGUUAGGAAAAACUAUUGCAGUCUUCGUGGUGAAACACCUGAACGUAAAUCAGGCCAAGAGAAACCACAUUCAGCAAACACUGAAGAGAAAAUUGGCAUCGACAUUGAUCACACGCAGAGUUACCGAAAACAGAUGGAGCAGAGUCGUAGAAAACAGCAGAUGGAGAUGGAAAUGGCCAAGUCUGAGAAGUUUGGCAGUCCCAAAAAAGAGGUAGAUGAAUAUGAAAGACGUAGCCUUGUUCAUGAGGUAGGCAAACCUCCUCAAGAUGUCACUGAUGACUCGCCUCCUAGCAAAAAGAAAAGGACGGAUCACAUUGACUUUGAUAUCUGCACCAAGAGAGAGCGGAAUUACAGAAGUUCUCGCCAAAUCAGUGAAGAUUCUGAAAGGACUGGUGGAUCUCCCAGCAUACGCCAUGGUUCCUUUCAUGAAGAUGAUGAUCCUAUAGGUUCCCCUAGGCUGGUGUCAGUAAAAGGGUCUCCUAAAGUAGAUGAGAAAGGUCUCCCGUAUUCUAAUAUAACCGUCAGGGAAGAGUCCUUAAAAUUUAAUCCCUAUGAUUCUAGCAGGAGAGAGCAGAUGGCAGACAUGGCCAAAAUAAAGCUCUCUGUCUUGAGUUCUGAAGAUGAACUAAGUCGCUGGGACUCUCAAAUGAAACAGGAUGCCAGCAGAUUUGAUGUGAGCUUCCCCAACAGCAUAAUUAAGAGAGACAGCCUUCGGAAGAGGUCUGUACGAGAUCUGGAACCUGGUGAGGUGCCUUCUGAUUCUGACGAAGAUGGCGAACACAAAUCCCACUCACCCAGAGCCUCUGCACUGUAUGAAAGUUCUCGGUUGUCUUUUUUGAGGGACAGGGAAGACAAACUACGUGAGCGAGAUGAAAGGCUCUCUAGUUCCUUAGAGAGGAACAAAUUUUAUUCUUUUGCAUUGGAUAAGACAAUCACACCUGACACUAAAGCUCUGCUUGAGAGAGCUAAAUCCCUCUCUUCAUCUCGAGAAGAAAAUUGGUCUUUUCUUGAUUGGGACUCCCGAUUUGCUAAUUUUCGAAACAACAAAGAUAAAGAAAAGGUCGACUCUGCUCCAAGACCUAUUCCAUCCUGGUACAUGAAAAAGAAAAAAAUUAGGACUGACUCAGAAGGGAAAAUGGAUGAUAAAAAAGAUGAUCAUAAAGAAGAGGAGCAGGAAAGGCAAGAAUUAUUCGCUUCUCGUUUUUUACACAGCUCCAUCUUUGAACAAGAUUCCAAACGACUGCAGCAUCUAGAGCGGAAAGAUGAAGAAUCCGACUUUGUUUCUGGUAGAUUAUACGGAAGGCCGGCAUCUGAGGGAACAAACAACGCAACUGAUUUAAUUCAAGAGCCAGUAGUUCUAUUCCAUAGCAGAUUUAUGGAGCUCACACGAAUGCAACAGAAGGAAAAAGAAAAAGACCAAAAACCCAAAGAGGUUGAGAAACAGGAAGAUGCUGAAAAUCAUCCCAAGACCCCCGAAUCUACUUCUGAAAAUAGAGAGUCAGAACUGAAAACCCCGUCUUCAGUUGGGCCCCCUAGUGUCACAGCUGUAACUCCAGAGUCGGCACCAUCUGCACUUGAGAAGACGAAUAGUGAGAAAGCAGUAGAGGUGCCUCAGGUAACAGAAGAGAAAACGAUAGAACCAGCCUCCAUCUCAGAAGAAGCAAAACCUGUGUCCGAAGUGGCUCCUGUCCCCAUGGAACAGCCUGAACAAAUAGACUUGCCCCCAGGGGUGGACACCAGUAAAGACACGGUCGUGACUCCUGCAGUUACAGAAGAAAGCGCAUCAGUCGACCAGCUUCCUUUUCUGGAUGUGAAGCCUCCGACUCCUGGGGCCUCCUUCUCCCAAGCAGAGAACAGUGGAGAUCCAGAACCUGACGGUACUCAGCCGCUUUCCAAACCAGCUCCGAAACCUGAGGAAGCGAAUGAGCCAAAAGUGGAAAAGCCAGACUCGGCCACUCACAUUGAGCCUAGUGCAGAUCAGAAAACUGAAGUUGUUCCUGAAGUUGUUCAGCCUCAAGCUUCUGAAGAUUCAGAGAUUGACCCACCAGUUGCUGUAAAAGAUAAAAAGCCGAGCAAAAGUAAGCGUUCCAAGGCCCCUGUGCAGGCGGCCGCAGCCAGCAUCGUGGAGAAGCCCGUGACACGGAAGAGUGAGCGAAUAGACAGAGAAAAGCUAAAGCGGUCCAGUUCUCCUCGGGGAGAAGCUCAGAAGCUCUUAGAACUGAAGAUAGAGGCAGAGAAGAUUACGAGGACUGCUUCUAAAAACUCUGCUGGGGACCCUGAACACCCUGAACCAAGCUUGCCUCUCAGCCGGACAAGGCGCCGGAACGUAAGGAGUGUCUAUGCAACCAUGGGUGACCAUGAAAGCCGCUCUCCUGUCAAAGAGCCUGUCGAGCAACCACGAGUGACCAGAAAGAGAUUGGAGCGAGAGCUUCAGGAGGCUGCGGCAGUUCCCACCACCCCUCGGAGGGGACGCCCUCCAAAAACUCGCCGUCGGGCCGAUGAGGAAGAUGAGAACGAGGCCAAAGAACCCACAGAAACACCCAAGCCAGCCGAGGGGUGGAGGUCCCCUCGGUCUCAGAAAUCAGCAGCUGCUAGUGGCCCCCAAGGGAAAAGGGGGAAAAGUGAGCCAAAAGUUGAUGCUGAACGUCCUGAGGCUACCACCGAGGUGGCUCCACAGAUAACCACAAAAGAAAAUAACACCAGGUCCAGGGCUGAUAAAGAAGAAGCAGGGAAUGAGCAGAAACGUGAUAGAAGAGAAACCAGCACAGACAAAAACCCACCUGAAGCUCCCCCAGCUGAAGUGGUAGAGAAAAAACCAGCCCCUGAAAAAAACUCCAAAUCCAAGAGAGGGAGAUCUCGGAAUGCUAGGGCAGCAGUCGACAGAUCUGCAAAUCUGAGAAACGUGGACACUGCUGUGAGUCCUGGUGUGGCUGCUGGGGCCGCGGGGCCGGCAGUGGACAGCACAGCUGCAGUGGUGUCCGUCUCCCCUGAGAAAAGCGAGAGUCCUCAAAAGGAGAGUAGUUUAUCAUCCCAGUCGAAAAAUGAUACAGUUGCUCCAGAUAAGGAAGCAGAGAAGGAAGACGCACCUGCCUCUAAGCUGUCCCCAGAAGCCACUCAGUUAGCCAGGCAGAUGGAGCUGGAGCAGGCUGUGGAGAACAUCGCAAAGCUCACUGCAACCUCUGCCUCCGCAGCUUUCAAGGCUGCUGCCGCAGAUGCCCCAGAGGGCCUCGCCACAGAGGCCGGGGACAAGCCUGCACACCAAGCGAGUGAAACGGAACUGGCUGCAGCCAUCGGCUCUAUCAUCAACGACAUUUCUGGGGAGCCAGAAAACUUCCCUGCACCUCCACCUUACCCUACAGACUCCCAGACAGAGCUACAGCCCCCAGCACAAGGGCUGCAGCCCCCUGAGGAAGCACUGGAGCCCGAGACCGAUGAGGCCUUGUCUGGCAUCUUGGAGACUGAGGCUGCUGCAGAAUCUUCUGGGCCAUCAGUCAGCGCCCCUGACCCUUCAGCAGACCCAGCUGAUAGCAAGGAAUCCAAGGGGAACAAUGUUGAAACCCCUCACCCAGCGCAGGAAGCCAAAGGAAAAGAAGCAGAAGUUGCUCUUGCCCGGAAAGACAAAGGGCGCCAGAAGACAACACGAUACCGCCGCAAACGGAACUCUAACAAGAAAGUGGGGGCUGCUGCGGAGACUCAUGUCUCUCAGUCUGACCAGCCCCAGAGCCAGAGUCCUGCUGUGAACGAAGAGACACCGGUGCAACCCCCAGAAGCUCCGCAGGAGGAAAAGCAGAGUGAAAAGCCCCAGCCCACUCCUCAGCUGUGCGCUUCUGACCCAAGUAAGACCCCACCCACAGAGACUCUGUCCCAGGAGAGCCGUGUUGAAGAAAAGACUCCGACCAAAGCGGCUGUGCUCCCAGACCUCGCCCCUCUGCCCCAGCAGGCACCAGUGGAUGACGAACCACAAGCCAGAUUCAAGGUGCAUUCGAUCAUUGAAAGUGACCCGGUGACCCCACCCAGUGACUCCAGUAUCCCCACACCCACGAUUCCUUCUGUGACUCUAGCAAAGCUCCCGCCCCCUGUCAUCUCAGGGGGGACCCCACACCAGAGCCCCCCUACUAAGGUAACAGAGUGGAUCACCAGGCAGGAGGAGUCACGGGCUCAGUCCACUCCCUCUCCAGCCCUGCCCCCAGACACAAAGGCCUCUGACGUUGACACCAGCUCCAGCACGCUAAGGAAGAUCCUCAUGGACCCCAAGUAUGUGUCCGCCACAGGCAUCACUACCACGAGUGUCACCACGGCCAUCUCCGAGCCCGUCAGUGCCACCCCUUGUCUACAUGAGGCACCGCCCCCUCCGGUUGAACCUAAAAAGCCUGUUUUGGAAGAAAAGGCAGCAGCUCCAGUCACAAACACUUCUGAUACACAAGCCUCGGAGGCCCCAGUGGCCACCGACAAAGAAAAGGUGACUCCAGUCAUUGCUCCCAAAAUCACUUCGGUGAUUAGCAGGAUGCCAGUCAGCAUUGACUUGGAGAAUUCGCAGAAGAUAACCCUGGCCAAACCAGCUCCUCCAACGCUGACUGGCCUGGUGAGUGCCCUGACCGGCCUGGUGAAUGUCUCCCUGGUCCCAGUGAAUGCCCUGAAAGGCCCUGUGAAGGGUCCCGUGGCCACACUGAAAGGUUUGGUGAGCACCCCUGCUGGGCCCGUGAACGUCCUGAAGGGGCCCGUGAACGUCCUCACGGGGCCAGUGAAUGUCCUCACCACGCCAGUGAACGCCACAAUGGGCACCGUGAACUGGAGCGGUGACUUCACGGCAGGUGCAGUGACCGCUGCUUCUGGUGGUGGGACUGCCACGACGGGCGCGGUGACUGUGGCCGGUGCGGUGAUUGCGCCAUCAGCAAAGUGCAAACAGAGAACGAACGCUAACGAAAACAGCCGCUUCCACCCUGGUUCCAUGUCCGUGAUUGACGACCGGCCGGCAGACGCUGGCUCUGGCGCGGGGCUGCGUGUGAACACUUCAGAGGGAGUUGUUCUGCUGAGCUAUUCAGGGCAGAAGACUGAAGGCCCACAGCGGAUCAGUGCCAAGAUCAGCCAGAUCCCCCCGGCUAGUGCAAUGGACAUUGAGUUCCAGCAGUCGGUGUCCAAGUCCCAGGUGAAACCUGACUCUGUCACUCCAUCGCAGCCUCCGCCCAAAGGCCCUCAAGCUCCUUCAGGCUAUGCAAAUGUGGCCACCCAUUCUACUCUGGUACUCACUGCCCAGACGUACAACGCCUCUCCUGUGAUUUCGUCGGUUAAGGCUGAUCGUCCAUCCUUGGAGAAGCCUGAGCCCAUUCACCUCUCUGUCUCCACACCUGUCACUCAGGGUGGCACCGUGAAGGUUCUCACCCAGGGCAUAAACACACCCCCAGUGCUGGUUCACAACCAGCUGGUCCUUACUCCAAGUAUAGUCACCACUAAUAAAAAGCUUGCUGACCCUGUCACCCUUAAAAUAGAGACCAAGGUCCUGCAGCCAGCUAACCUGGGGUCCACUCUCACUUCUCAUCACCCUCCUGCCCUGCCUAGCAAACUGCCUGCAGAAGUAAACCAUGUCACCUCGGGGCCAAGCACCCCGACAGAUCGAACUGUCUCUCAUCUGGCAGCCACAAAGCCAGACGCACAUUCUCCUCGACCCAGUGGGCCUGCGCCAUCACCAUUCCCACGGGCCUGCCACCCCAGCAGCACCACGUCCACAGCACUCUCCACUAACGCCACAGUCAUGCUGGCCGCGGGCAUCCCGGUGCCUCAGUUCAUCUCUAGCAUUCACCCGGAGCAGUCUGUCAUCAUGCCGCCCCACAGCAUCACCCAAACUGUGUCCCUUGGCCACUUGUCCCAGGGUGAGGUGAGAAUGAAUACACCCACGCUGCCCAGCAUCACCUACAGCAUCCGGCCAGAGACCCUCCACUCUCCACGGGCCCCGCUACAGCCCCAGCAGAUAGAAGUCAGGGCCCCGCAGCGAGCUGGCACACCUCAGCCUGCUGCAGCUAGUGUGCCUGCACUGGCCUCCCAGCACCCUCCCGAGGAGGAGGUGCACUAUCACCUCCCUGUUGCCCGAGCCGCAGCCCCUGUGCAGUCAGAGGUGCUGGUCAUGCAGUCUGAGUACCGGCUGCACCCCUACACCGUUCCCCGGGAUGUGCGGAUUAUGGUGCACCCACACGUGACUGCGGUCAGUGAACAGCCCAGGGCAGCAGAUGGGGUGGCAAAGGUGUCGCCAGCCAGCAAGUCAGCAGUCGGUGUCCAAGUUCCUCAGCAGCCAGUGAAAGAAGCUGCCAAGACGUCUGAGGCGAAAACAGCCUCGGCCCCUGCCCCUCAUGGGGAGGCCCGCAUCCUCACCGUCACUCCCAGCAACCAGCUCCAGGGGCUGCCCUUGACUCCUCCUGUGGUGGUGACCCACGGGGUGCAGAUUGUGCACUCCAGUGGGGAGCUGUUCCAGGAAUACAGGUACGGCGACAUCCGAGCUUACCAUGCCCCAGCCCAGCUCACACAUGCUCAGUUUCCUGCGUCUGCUUCAGUUGGCCUACCCUCCCGGACCAAGACUCCUGCCCAGGGCCCUCCUGAAGUUGAACCCGUGCAGCCCGCCCAGCCUGUGCAGCCCACUCAGCCUGCCCAGCCUGCACCGCCAUGCCAGCCCUCCCAGCUCGGCCAGCCUGGCCAGCCACCAGGCAGCAAGAUGCCACAGGUGUCCCAGGAGGCAAAGGGGACCCAGACAGGAGUGGAGCAGCCUCGCCUCCCAGCUGUCACUGCAAACAGGCCACCUGAGUCUCAUGCCCAGGCUCAGAGGGCACCAGUGGAGACGGGCCAGACUUCUUAUCCCUCUCCCGUGUCUAUUUCUACGAAGCCCGACCUCCCGACCCCACUUCCUGCUCAGGCUGCCCCAAAGCAGCCGUUGUUUGUCCCCACAACUUCAGGCCCCAGCACGCCACCUGGACUGGCUCUGCCCCACACGGAAGCCCAGCCAAACCCUAAACAAGAUUCCUCUUCACACUUGACAUCCCAGAGACCUGUGGAUAUGGUUCAGCUUUUGAAGAAGUACCCCAUCGUGUGGCAGGGCCUGCUCGCCCUCAAGAACGAUACAGCUGCUGUGCAGCUCCACUUUGUCUCCGGCAACAACGUCCUGGCCCAUCGGUCCCUGCCCCUGUCUGAAGGAGGCCCUCCCCUGAGGAUCGCCCAGAGGAUGCGGCUGGAGGCCUCCCAGCUGGAAGGGGUUGCCCGCAGAAUGACGGUGGAGACGGAUUACUGUCUGCUGCUGGCUCUGCCCUGUGGCCGGGACCAAGAGGACGUCGUGAGCCAGACCGAGUCCCUCAAAGCUGCCUUCAUCACGUACCUGCAGGCUAAGCAGGCAGCAGGGAUCAUCAACGUUCCCAACCCUGGCUCCAAUCAGCCCGCCUAUGUGCUGCAGAUCUUCCCGCCCUGCGAGUUCUCUGAGAGUCAUCUGUCUCGUCUGGCCCCCGACCUCCUUGCCAGCAUCUCCAAUAUUUCUCCCCACCUCAUGAUUGUCAUUGCCUCUGUGUGAACCAUGGAAUGGUCACCUCCCUGGUUUGUUGUCCCGAGGCUCCACAGCAAAAAGAAAAAAGGAAAAAAAAAAAAAAAAAGAACAAGAACACAGGACAACCCACCCAAGUGGAGGAGGAAGCUGCCCAAGGGGGCAGACUGCACUGCCAGGUGGCCAGCCUCCACUCUCCUGCCGUGGCUCGGCCUGCAGACCCGUGCUGGGCAGUGGUGCUGCUCCCCGGAUGUUUACACGAUGCUCUCUAGCCCAGGACCCACCACCGACCUUGGACUCUUAGACACGUUGGAGCUGGCGUGCUCUCCUCUUUUUGGAGAAAAGGAACAGGGCAGUGGAGUUAAUUUUUUUGUUUGUUUUUAAGAAACAAGAAAACAACUGCCUUUGCACUAAAUUAGUGACUUGGACUUUUGCACAGUGAAGACAGGCUGCGACAUUCUGGACGUCUUGGUGUAUAUGAACGCCCAUCUUGGACUCUGACGCAGGACUUGGAACUUCUGCUGACACCUUG